UCGUCGAUUAGCCCCCUGAACUACUCGAACCAACAAUGUUUCCACCCCGACUUUUGACCUCAUCAAUUGUCCACACAAACUACCAAUUUCAUCAAAUUUCUUCAAUUCUGGUUAAUUAAACCUAAUCGCGUUUUAAUUAAUAAAACGCGUUUAAAAAAUCUGAUUGCCCAAUAUCCUACCCGAUUAAGACUAAACCCGAUCCUAACCCUAUAACCCUUCUUUCUCAAUUUUUUAUUUUCAAAGUCGUGUCUUCUUCUUUCUUUUUUUCUGUAAAAUUAGGGUUCAUCUUCAGAUUUGGGGGAAAUACAAUUUCGACCAUGGAGAAGAGUAGUCACGCAUCUUCAUCCGCGACAUCUGGAGGUGCUUGUUCAAGGCGAAACAGAGGAUUUCAUGGUGUUCCAACACACUGCUGGUGUGGAGAAGAGAUUGAUACAUUCGUUUCCAGGACACGUAGGAAUCCGUUUCGUAGAUUUUAUCGCUGUAAAAUCGCGAUUCAUAGAAAGGGGGAAGCUCAUCUCUUUAAGUGGGUUGAUGAGGCUUUAGCUGAAGAAAUUUCUCUGGUUGAAGCAAGACAAAUAACAGUUGAAGAAAAUUUAGAGGAGAUGAAGAAGACUGAGACAAGUGAAGAAGACGGUGGGGCUUUGCAGAACAAUGGUUGUCUAGGUGUCAUUACAUGGUUUUGCUGUAAACUUUGGUAAUUUUCUGUUGGUAGUUGUCUGUUGUGUUGUGUUUUUGUAAGCUUUGGUAAUGGAAGAGCUAAAGGAGAUAAGUGUGCGAUUUGUGUGUUUUGUAUGGAAGACCUUUGGUAAUGAAAGACCUUUAGCAAGCUGUUUCA